GAAAAUGAAUGAAUAUUGUUUCUAUGAUUAUGUUAUUAAUUUGGAGAAGAAAAUAGGAUAAGGAUAAUUUGGAAUUGUUGUUGAGUGUUAUCACAAAACUAAGUACAAAGAUAUAAAACUUUGUGCUAAGGUAAAUUAUUUAUAAAUUUUUAUUAGAUUGUACAAAAUGCAACUAAUAUUGAUGAAUCAAUGAUGAAAGAAAUAUAAAUUUUAAGAAAGAUUAAAUCUUUUAACAAUAAGCAUUUGAUAAAAGUUUAUGAUAUGUUUGAAGCAGAAAAUAAAUUUUUUAUCAUUAUGGAACGAUGUUUAGGAGGUGAAUUAAAACAUCUAAUAACAGAGAGAUAAAAAAAUGGAUAAUUAUUCAAGACUAAUGAAAUUCUAGACUUUGUUUAUCAAUUUAUUGAUGGAUAUUAAAUAUUGUAUGAUAAUAUGAUCAUGCACAGAGAUAUUAAACCACAAAAUAUAUUUGUUGAUUUAAAUUUAGUAUAUAAAGUAGAUAAUUUUAUAAUACUAUUAGAUAGGAGAUUUAGGAGCUGGAAGAAUAUUAGAAGAUGUUAAAAAGUAAGGAGAUUAUACAAAAAUUGGAUCACCAAUAUAUAGUUCACCUUAAGUGCUUAAAUUAUAGAAUUUCUCAUCUUAGACAGAUGUUUAUUCUUUAGGAAUGGUUCUCUAUUAAUUAACCUUCCUUGAUUUUCCUUUCAAAGCUGUAUUACCUCAACUAUAAAAAUUUAUUACAUAACUUUAAUUGCAAAAGAAAUUUAGCUUAGAUUAAUUGGAGAAAUAAAUAGAAAAUGAAGGAAGUUAAAAAGAAAAGGAUGAAAUUAAAUUUUUGAUUGAAAAUAUGCUAGUUUUUGAAGAAAAGGAAAGAAUAUCUUGGGAUUAAUUGUUUAAAAGAAUGAGGAACGAAAAUGUGUAUGCUUAAUUUAGAUUAAAAUAUGAAGAUAACACAUUAGAAUAGUCCUUGUAAAUAUUGGAGGGAAAAAAGCAAAAAAAACGUCAAAAAGAAACAGAGGAAGUAAAAGUAGCUACUUCAUUGUUUUAAAAAAAUUUAGAUGUUAACUAGAUAGUUUCCAUUAAUUCAUAACCAAACUAAGAAAGAAAAAGAAGUCCAUUAAGUUAGUAUUUAAAAAUUUAGUAAUGUAAAGUAAAUAUAGUGCAAAAAACCCUAAACUAUCUUAAAGAUGUUGCCUAGUAAAAAAUUAAUUUAUUUUAGUUAAUCAUUACUUUCUCUCCAAAUUCUAGAAUAUCUGCUGAUUUUAAGUUCUUUGUAUGGUUACUAAUAUAAUCUCAUAAGGAAUAUAGACGCCAUUCAUAAAGGAGAUUAUAAUUAAUUAAGUGAACAUAUUAGAUAAUAAAGGGAUAAAUAAAAUCAAAAUAUUUAAGUUAUUUUAGAUUUUUAAUAAUUGAAAACAGAAGAUGAUAUUAAGAUUAGAGAUUAUACUGCUAAUAUUCUUUCAGAAUUUCUUAAGAAUAACUUUAUUGUAUAUAACAAAUUUAUCAUAGGCAAUUUCAUAAACGAUUUAAAAAAUUAAUGAGCAAAAAAUUAGAUUUUAAUCAUUGUGCCAAAUGAGAGAUCUUCUUUUAAAUUUUUAAACCUUUAGUAACUAUUAUUCAUAUUGGGAAUUUAUUUGCAAAUUCUUUUAAUCGUAUUUGUAAAGAUAAUUUAAUUAAUUGUUAUUUAGUGACAUAAAUUAAUAUUCAGAUUCGCUUUUAUUGUAUAAUAACAUGAUUAUUAUAGAUUUAUGGUUUAUAUGUAUGAUUUAUGUGGCUUAGAGGAAAAAUAUAAAUAAUUAGAAUUGUUUAAGGAAAAUAAAAUUUAAAUUAUUCCUUAACAAAAUUAUUCCAGAUAAGAUGCCAUCAAUUAUUUAAUAAAUAAGAGAAACGAUUUAUAAUAAUAAUAAUAAUAAUAGUUUAACCAGAACAAAUUUUAUUGA